AUGACCUUAAAGAACCUGGGCUGCUAGUUUAGGUUCUGUUAUGUAACUUACUGUUUUGUUAUGCACCUUCAGCACCCCUACACACACAAACAAUCACACACCCAGCAUGCAACACUACUGAUACCACUGAUGUUCACACCCCAUCGUAUGUUCUGUUCUGUUCAUUUCUAAUAUAUUGUUCAUACAAAUUCUACCCACUGAUUCCAGUUUCUUUAUUGUGUGGUCUUUCUCUGCUGACAUUCAUUCCUUAAGGCUUGGUAGUUAUACUUGUAUAACCAUCUGAUACUAGCAAAGAGUUAAGCAUAUUCAUCUAGCAAACUAUACCUACCUUGGAGUGUUACAAUAGCCAAUAAUCAUUUUAUUCCAUGUGUCCAUCCAGGCAAAUUGGUGGAUCCAAAUGUUAUUAAAAAACAAACAUACAUAUAUGAUGUAAUUUCUUUGUAAUCAUCCAAAAUAAUGUUAAGUGUAUGGAUAUUUUUCCCAGAAGGCCACUGACUGUUCGAUACGCGCGAUCCAUUGAGUGGGCAACGCGGCUACUUAGUGGGCCGCGCGCCGUGUAUUGAGUGGGCCGGUCUGACAGAAACUCCCGGGCCACUUUUUUCCCCCAGUCCGCCCCUGAGACUGUGUACUUUCCUGACGACCAUACGGGAGUGAUACUCGCCCAAGGUCUGAGAGAUGCCUUGGAGUCAUGGGGACUGGAAGAAGGCAAUCUUGUCUGUGUCACCACAGACAAUGCAUCAAAUAACAUCUGUGCCAUGGAACUGAAUGAGUGGGAACGAUUGCAGUGCUUUGGUCACCGUCUACAGCUAGCCAUCGAGAAUUCUCUAAAAAACCUCACCCCAACAUCCACAAGGCAGGCUGUGGAGAGAGCAGUGGGUGUCUGCAAGAGAGUGGUGAGUGCCUUCUCCAACUCUUGGAAGAGGAGAAGGGAACUGGCCAAAGCCCAAGCAGCACUGGGCUUGCCUCACCACCAGUUAAUCACGGAAACACCCACCAGGUGGGGGUCCCGCCAGCAGAUGGUUGCACGGUUCUUGGAGCAGGAGAAAGCCCUUUCACAGGUCCUCCUUGCAGAUAAGAAGGCAAGACAUCUGGUUCCGAGCUGGCAAGAUGUGUCAAUCCUAGACUCGCUGAACAAAGCCCUGGGCCCUCUGUUUGAAUUUACCGAUGCAUUGUCGGGGGAGAAAUAUGUGAGCGUAUCCUUUCUCAAGCCGGUGCUGCAUUUGUUCAAUGAUCAAAUCCUCAGCCCAAAAGAAGGGGAAACGGAGCUCACCAAAGCAGUCAAAGGAGGUGUGCUGAAAUACCUCAAUGAGAAGUACGAUGAUGCAGCCACAAACAACAUCCUCGACAUGGCAACACUGGUGGACCCCAGGUUCAAGACAACUUACCUGAGGGAAAACCGUGCGGAGUACAUGAAGAACCGAGCUGUCACAGAGCUGCUGGAAAAGACCUUGGCCAGCUACUUUAAGAAGGCAGUUCCAGCCAGCGCCCACACCCGCCUGGGCAACAGAGAAAGCAUCGAACUGGAGGUCGCCAUGUACCUCCAGGCACCUGGGCCUGCUUCAGAGGCAGACCCACUGGAGUGGUGGAAGCAGCAUGAGCAAUUGAAUGAACAUGUUUCUCUUGUGAUGCUGAAAAUAAAGAGAACAACUGAAAUCUGCGUAAUUGUGGUACAGGUCGUGAUGGAUCACACUUUUAAGUACACCCCUAUCCAGUAG